GGAUCUUUCAAACAACCAGCAUUCAGGAACUAUUCCCGCUGGGUUUAGCACACUCUCUCUACUCACUAGCCUGUCUCUCAAUACCAAUCUGCUCACUGGAUCCAUACCUAGUGGUGUGAUUACUGCCAUGACAAAGCUCGUACACCUCAAUCUCUGCUCCAACUCGCUCUCUUCAACAAUAACCACCUCGAUCACAAAGCUCACGGCACUAUCAACUCUAUCGCUGUGUAACAACCAGAUCACCAGCACGUUCCCUGCUGGCAUGAGCGCGCUUGCAAAGCUUACAAACGUGCAAUUGAACAGCAAUCUUCUCAGUGCUACUAUUCCUUCUGGUGUUAGUACAUGGGCAAAAGUGGUAAACCUGGACUUCUCAAGCAACCAGAUGACUAGCAGCAUUCCUGCUGCCAUCAGUGCACUCACUUCAUUGACUCGCCUUGACCUUUCAAACAAUCUGCUGUCCGGCCGCGUUCCUACUACCCUCAGCACACUCAGCCAACUUGCACGCCU